AUCGCUACGUUAAGUCUCUCGCUACCUUGCAAUGGCUCGUACUAAGCAAACUGCUCGUAAGUCGACUGGAGGAAAGGCUCCACGCAAACAACUGGCUACCAAAGCCGCUCGUAAGAGUGCGCCAGCCACCGGAGGAGUCAAGAAGCCUCAUCGUUACCGUCCCGGCACAGUAGCUCUCCGUGAAAUUCGUCGCUACCAGAAGAGCACGGAACUUCUCAUCCGUAAACUACCAUUCCAACGUCUGGUUCGUGAAAUCGCCCAAGAUUUCAAGACUGAUCUCCGAUUCCAGAGCUCAGCUGUGAUGGCUCUCCAGGAAGCCAGCGAAGCCUACUUAGUUGGUCUCUUCGAAGACACCAACCUCUGCGCCAUCCACGCCAAGCGUGUCACCAUCAUGCCCAAGGACAUCCAGUUGGCUCGUCGUAUCCGAGGAGAACGUGCCUAAGUCAUCAACAUCAAAAACUUACAAACCAAACGGCCCUUUUCAGGGCCAUCAAAUUUUUUAUACAAAGAAAAUUUUUCAAGUUUACACAAUUAAUUUCUUCUCUCCUUUAUCCUACUGCCUAAUUUUUUUUCCUCAGUAAUUGAAUUUUAAUAGAACUUUGACAAAUUCAACCAUG